AUGGCAAAUCCAAAGGUGACGGUUAUCGGUGAUGGGGUAUUGAAGAUCCGGCGAUGGUGGUGGUUGUUGGGUUUCGGCGAUGGUGAUGGUUGUUGGGUUCUGGUGCCGGUGAUGGGUAUUGCAGAUUCAAGGGCGGCGGUUGUCGGUGAUCAGUAUUGCAGAUCCAGAGGCGGCAGUUGUCGGUGCUGGGCAUUGCAGAUCCGGCGAUGGUGGUGUUUGUUAGGUUCCGAUGAUAGUGGGGUGAUGGUGGGGCAAUGGUGGGGGUUGUUGGGCAGGGGCGGACCCACCACCAUGCCAAGGAGCCACUUCGGAGAUGGUAGAGACACAUUUGUGAGCGGUGGGUAUAACAAUUGGAAAAAGGUACAUGCGUCACUUAAAAAACAUGUUGGUUUAGUUAAUAGUCUACACAACAAAUGUUUCCAAAAGAGUGCCGAUUUAGUUAACGAAAAUCAAGCGGUACACACACAAUGGGACAAUAGGACCCCUAAGGAGAAACGUGAAUACCGACUUAGACUUAGUGCUUCUACUUUGCUUGGGAAAAGGUUGUUGAAUGGCGGAUUGGCGUUUCGUGGACAUGAUGAAUCAAAAGAUUCAUUAAAUAAAGGCAAUUUCUUAGAGCUUUUAGAACUCAUGGGUGAAAUGAAUGAAGAGCUUGCUAAAGUUAUCUUAGAGAAUGCACCCGCGAAUAACCAAAUGACAAGUCCUAAAAUUCAAGCGGACAUCAAACAUUGUUAUGCUCAAGAGGAACAAAUGGCAGUUGUUAUUCGUUUUGUUGAUAAAGUUGGGAUUGUUAAGGAGCGUUUUAUUGGGCUUGUUCAUGUCAAAGAGACAAGCGCAAUAACACUUAAAACGGCUAUUGAUGAUAUAUUGGCACGUUAUGGGUUAAGUUUGAAAAGGAUUAGCGGCCAAGGCUAUGACGGGGCAAGUAACAUGUCGGGCGAGUUUAACGGCCUAAGGGCUCUAAUCUUAAAGGAAAAUGUUUCGGCUUUUUAUAUUCAUUGCUUUGCACACCAACUUCAACUAGUUGUUGUGGCGGUGGCUCACAAACACACACCAAUUUGGAGAGUUUUUGAAACAAUAACAUGUUUAACAAAUGCCGUUUGUGCAUCUUCUAAAUGGCAAGAUAUGCUUCGUGAAAGCCAAAGAAGGCAAUUGGAAAAAAUGGAAGAUGUACUUUGUACCGGAAGUGGGUUGAACCAAGAAAUGACGCUUUCAAGGCCCGGGGAUACAUGUUGGAAUUCCCAUUACAAGACACUUUCCCGUUUAAUUUCUUUAUAUCCAAACAUUAUGGAAGUUCUUGGAUGGUUAGUAGAAACGGGUCAAACUCUUCCUUGUAGUAGACAAGCGGACGGACUUCUAGAGGAUAUGAAAAAAUACGACUUUGUAUUUUACAUACACUUGAUGGAGCAUAUUCUAAACAUCACACAUACGUUGUCCCAAUGUCUUCAAAGAAAGGAGCAAGAUUUGAUGAAUGCGGUUAAAUUGGUUUCUUCCACCAAAAACCAACUUGAAAAGUUUAGGUUGGAAGGUUUUAAUGAGUUCUUGGAGAAGGUUAACUCAUUUUGUGACAUGUAUGAACUUGAGGUGAAAAAAUUGGAUGAUGAAUAG